AUGGCUCUCCGCCGCCCCUUCAGCCUUACCCAGCAAUUGCUGCGGCCCGUGUCCCGAAUUCCCCUCGGAUAUAGUAGAGAACAGAGGCACGGCCUGGCGACAGCUGUCCCCCCGGUUACUCAGGAUGCUACUGGGUCAAAAGGCCCUACAGCUAUGGUCUUCCUCAAUAUGGGUGGCCCAUCAACCACAGAUGAGGUUCAAGACUUUCUUAGUAGGCUCUUUGCCGAUGGCGAUUUGAUUCCUUUGGGCCGCCUUCAGACAUACUUAGGUCCGCUCAUCGCCAAGAGAAGAACACCUAAGAUUCAAAAACAAUACGCGGAUAUUGGAGGAGGAUCGCCAAUCCGCAAGUGGUCCGAGUAUCAGUGUGAAGAAAUGUGUAAACUGCUCGACAAGUUAAACCCCGAAUCCGCCCCUCACAAGCCUUACGUUGCGUUCCGGUACGCUGCGCCUUUGACCGAGGAAAUGUACACUAAGCUCUUAGACGAUGGGUUUGGAAACGGGAAAGGAGGCCGUGCUGUCGCAUUUACACAAUAUCCACAGUACUCGUGCUCUACAACAGGUAGCUCUCUCAACGAGCUAUGGAAGUGGAGGAACAGACUGGAAGGCAAGGGUGGAAACGGGGAUGUUGACCCCCAAGGUUCUAUUCAAUGGAGUGUCAUUGAUCGAUGGCCUACUCAUCCAGGUCUGGUUGAGGCAUUUGCGCAAAAUAUUGAGGACCAGCUUAAAACUUACCCUGAAGACAAGCGGAACAAUGUGGUUCUCCUGUUUUCAGCCCACAGUCUGCCCAUGAGUGUUGUGAAUCGAGGAGAUCCAUACCCAGCUGAGGUCGCUGCGACCGUUCAUGCGGUAAUGCAAAGACUGAACUUCAGCAACCCUUACCGACUCUGCUGGCAGUCCCAGGUGGGACCAUCCGCUUGGCUCGGGGCACAGACUAGCGAUACCGUUCAAGAAUACGUCAAGAGGGGACAAACCGAUAUUGUUCUCAUUCCAGUCGCUUUCACCAGUGACCAUAUCGAAACCCUGUACGAGUUGGAUCUUGAGGUGAUCCAUGAAGCCAAUUCGCCUGGCGUCAAGCGGGCCGAAAGUCUCAACGGAAGUCCUAUCUUUAUUCAGGCCCUCGCAGACAUCGCGCACCAGCACCUACGGGGAGGAGAAAAGUGCUCGCUGCAGAUGACACUACGCUGUCAAGGCUGCAAGAGUGAGAGAUGUCUGGAACAGAAGAAGUUUUUUGCCGGCGAAAAAUACUCUCCUCUUGUUCUCUAA